GCCCACGGCUUUAGGCAGCGCUGGAGCGCGCCCACCUGAGAAGCGAGCUGCUGGGGUUCGGGAAGCAGAGUCCUGGGCUGGACCUGAGGGCUGGACCUGGGCUGGCUGCAGCUCAGGCGUACAUUCUGAGUCAUUUUAUAGGUCAGUCCUGCUUCUGGGAUCCUACCUUGUGUUGUGGUUAAGAAAUGUUUCACAUCACUCAGACUGGAUCACAUGACAAAUGUACCUACACUGUAAAUAAAUAUCUCAGUAUAUUUGAAGAAUGAAGAGGAAUAAUUUCUCUGCUGUGAAUAAAGUUGUCCAGACUCCGCCAGUAGUGAAGCAGCCCAAACGUGGGCUCUGCCCUUCUCUCACCCAGACUCAUGUGCUCUCUGUUCUUCUAGACUGGGGGACUUUACCUCACCAUGUGAUAUUACAAAUUUUCCAGUAUCUUCCUUUAAUAGACCGAGCCCGCGCAUCUUCUGUGUGUAGGAGAUGGAAUGAAGUAUUUCACAUUCCUGACCUCUGGAGAAAGUUUGAGUUUGAGCUGAACCAAUCAGCCACUUCCUAUUUUAAGUCCACUCAUCCUGAUCUCAUUCAGCAGAUCAUCAAAAGGCAUGCUGCGCAUCUGCAGUAUGUCAGCUUUAAGGUUGACAGUAGUACUGAGUCCGCAGAAGCUGCCUGUGAUAUUCUUUCUCAGCUGGUAAAUUGUUCUAUCCAGACCUUGGGAUUGAUUUCAACAGCCAAGCCAAGUUUUAUGAAUGUGCCAAAGUCUCAUUUUGUGUCAGCGCUUACAGUUGUGUUUGUCAACUCAAAAUCAUUAUCAUCCAUUAAAAUUGAAGACACGCCAGUGGACGACCCCUCCCUGAAGAUCCUGGUGGCCAACAACAGUGACACUCUGCGGCUCCUGAAAAUGAGUAGCUGUCCUCAUGUUUCAUCUGAUGGAAUCCUCUGUGUGGCUGACCACUGUCAGGGCCUCAAAGAACUGGCAUUGAAUUACUACAUUCUGAGUGAUGAACUUCUCCUUGCACUAUCGAGUGAGACUCAUGUAAACCUCGAACAUCUCCGAAUAGAUGUUGUAAGUGAAAAUCCUGGACAGGUCAAGUUUCACUCCAUUAAAAAACACAGUUGGGACGCACUGAUUAAACACUCUCCGGGAGUUAACAUUGUCAUGUACUUCUUUUUGUAUGAAGAAGAGUUUGAGACAUUCUUCAGAGAAGAGACCCCUGUCACUCACCUGUACUUCGGGCGUUCAGUAAGCAGAACCAUUCUAGGCCGAAUAGGUCUUCACUGCCCACGGCUCAUUGAGUUAGUGGUGUGUGCAAACGGCCUUCAGCCCCUGGACUCCGAACUUAUCUGCAUUGCCAAGCACUGUAAAAACCUGACAGCCUUGGGCCUGAGUGAGUGUGAAGUCAGCUGCAGUGCGUUCAUUGAGUUUGUAAGACUCUGCGGCAGAAGGCUCACCCAGCUGUCUAUCAUGGAGGAGGUUCUGGUCCCUGAUGACAAUUAUACCCCAGACGAAGUUCACACUGAAGUUUCUAAGCACCUGGGAAGAGUAUGGUUCCCAGAUGUGAUGCCUAUCUGGUAACCAGCUACCAAAGGUUCCAAAUGUUGGUAGAAUUAGCUGUUGUCUGUCUAUGCAAAUGUAAAUUUUGAGAUGAGCUGCUGAACUAUUUUAGGUUAAAUAUUUACUGUUUGCCAGCUGUCUUAAUUGGUUGAUGCAGAAUCAUAUGAAAACAAUAUAACAAAUUUGAAUAGCCGGAAAUCUUUAUCAGUAGGACACAGAUACUAUGUGUUAAUUAGAUGGUUGAUAGGGCAGAUUACAGAUACCUAAGAUUUAGAUAGACUUAGACUUCUUAGUCCUCUUUGGAGGCAUAUUUUAGCUUACUAAGAAAUUUAUAUAAUUAAUAUAUAAUUAUAAUUUAUAGUAUUAGAUCCCUUUAAGUUAUGUAUUUUUAUGUUACAACCUCAUGUUAUUUUAAUUUCAUCUCUUUCAUUUUGGUACCAAUACAUGUGUUACAAAAUAUAUACUGUUAAAAAUCAAGGUACCAUUAUAGAGUUGUUCAUCAUUGUGCUUACAAAAUUUUUAGCAUCUUGUGAUUCAGUAAACAACUUUGAUUUCUAGAGUACUUUAAAUUCAUUUUUAGAUUAACUUGUAAGGUAGUUUGCAUUAUGUUAAAAUCCAGUAAUACUAAUUCAUUUCAUAAAGAUACAGCAAAUAGAAGAUACUGUGAUUAUUAAUUGAACACACGGUGUGGGUGAAGAGGUAAGUUUUGCAGAAUGUGUUUGGAAAUCAGUGUUUACUAGCCUGCUGCUGUUGAUCUGGGACUGUGCCAUGUCCUUUGCACAUGUGACCUGUCAUUUAAUUAGUAACCCUGGUGACAUCCUUCAUCAGCUUGCCCUUAGACUGGAGAUGUAGUCUUAGAAGUUGCCUGGGUGCUCGGCUUCAUUUCCAGCCACUCUACCUGCCCUUUGCCCACUUCCCACCUUCUCUGUUUCUCCAACUGCCCUGCACUCGGCCACCGCAAAGCAUCUGUCCAUCUCUCUACCUGCUCCUCUGUGCUCCCUCAGAUCUUUCCCCUGUGCACUUCCUGGGGGACGUUGUCCUCGCCGCUGUCCCAGCUCCUGAGUCAGACCCUUUGCUCGUGUCCAGAGUAUUCUGCUCUUCUUUGUAGACCCAUUGCUGUGCUGUGUGUGGUCUGCUUAUCUCAUUAUGACUGGUUUACUUCAUUGUGUUGUAAACUCCACCAGGACAAGAUCACUGCGUGUGUGUGUGUGUGUGUGUGUGUGUGUGUGUGUGUGUGUGUGUGUGUGUACAGUUACUAUUAGAGGUCAGCUUUCAAAAAAAGAAACAUUUUUAUUAUUUUCCAGUUUUGAGUACUUUUCAUUAUCAAAAUGCAAGUAUCCUCACCUAUUAAGCAAUUAGGAUGCACUGUAGUUUGUAAAUAGUUUGGAAAAUAGACUUAUUUUCCAUACUUAUUGUCCAUACUUAUGCAUUCUUAUGGUGAGCUCUGCAAGACAUGUGUCUUACAUUCACUUGUGUGUUCCUUGAUCUUCGAACUGUGUGCAAUAGUGUGUCCUGGGUAACAACAAUAGUAAUUCUUGAAGACAGAGUUCUAGUAUUGCAGAUCAUAUCAUUUAUACACAUUAAGAUACUAGAAAGAUGUGCCACAAUUUAAAACUUAAAAUCUAAUCAGGGUAACAGCACCUCAGGCAUAAAAGAAAUGGCUUAAGUGCGAUGGAGCUGGGGUCAGGGUAAUGGAAAUACUGAGUAGAUAAGCCUGUGGCUUCACUUGCUGUUGCCUCAGUGAGAUAACGCUGUGCACAGCUGGAUAGGAGGCUGGCAGAGUGCCAGUGGUGUGCACACCUGCAUAGGAAGGUGACAGAGUGCCAGUGGUGUGAACACCUGGAUAGGAGGCUGACAGAGUGCCAGUGGUGUGCACAGCUGGAUAGGAAGGUGACAGGGUGCCAGUGGUGUGCACAACUGGAUAGGAAGGUGACCUAGUGCCAGUGAUAUUUGCCCUAGAAGCUAAGGCAGCAGAACAGUGGGAUUAGAGAAGAGCCACCAAGGGAUGGUUUUCCCUACAGCCUGGUUGCACCACAAAAGGAAGACUGGCGUCUCUGAGACGUAUGACACGUUCUGGUCUAAGUAGAGCUUUUCGGUGGCUCCCGUGGGAACCUCACGAACCAAACACCAUACUGAAUCACAGUGAUCUACGUUUAUUAAUUCGUGUCCAUCCCUCUGGUUGGUAACCUCCUGGGUUAGUAAAAGGAAGGACAAACAUUGUAAAGGCAGCUGGGAACAACACAAGAAGGCGCUGGGUCUGCAACGCGUCCCCUGGUGGAAGCGUCUCCGUGUCCUUUCGAAGCCUGUGAGUUCCGCUCUACCUGGGAUCGGAGGACCUGGCUAGAUGAGUGCAUUUCUUAGAGAUGGGUCGUAAACUUGAGCCUUUGAAAGCAUUUUAGUCCUAUUUGCAUGCCUGUUCAUGUUAAAGUAUUUGUGUUUGUUGGAGGAUUGUGGGAACUUUGAGAUAAUUUUGUGGGCAGAAGCAAACGGAGUGGGUGGAGAGAAGGGUCCUUCUGUCCGUCAAACAGAAGAAACAACAACUGGACUGUCUCUAUUCCCUCUUCCUUCCUGUGGUCCUUGCAGGCCUCCUUUGCUAUUUGCAGAGUCAAGGGACGGGUCAGGAGGGUGGGCAGACAGUGAGUGCAUCUGCAUUGCUUUUGUCCCCCAAGUGCGAUCAGUGCCCUCUUAAAAGAUGUGUGAGUUCACCCUUCUGUGGACCUAACCUCAAUUGGCUGCUGACCUUGCUGUUCCAUUAAAUUAAUUUUCUACAACUAACUAAAAGCAAUUUCAAAAUAAAAAUCCUUUUAUCCAUAUUCACUCACAGUUAUAAAACAUGACAAUAUCUGGCUCCACAUUUUUAAUAACUUUUAUGAAGAAAAGCAAGUUUCUUAGUGUUCUUUGUCUUUUGUCAUUUGGACCUUAAAUCAGAACCUACGAGCAGCUCUGAUGUAAUCCACUAGAGGGCGCAGUAUUCUAGUUCUUCCUAAGGAAGAUGUUCUUUGUCUGGAGUUUGCAUUUCUCUAUAAUGUGCAUGGCAGGCAGAAGGUAGUGCUCCUGCGCUGCUCUGUGGACUUACAAUCAGCUUGGCUUUGAAAAUGCUAGCCAUGUUUUACUGUGUUCACCUCCUAAGCACCAAUCCAGAGUGUUGAUUAUGUGGAACAAACUUCACUGGUCAGCUAAUUUAGAUCCUUUUCAGUGGCCUCCAGAGCCACUUCCGUCGGAGUCUUAGCGGGAGUGUGAUGCUUAGCUUUCGGAAGCAAAUGCAAUCCACUGGAACGAUACAAAGUUAGUGGGCACCAGUGAGUGUUACAGAAGGUCAUCAAACUGAACAGUGAUGCAUAUAUUUUUUAAAUCAAAAUUAAUUUUGUGGGAGAUUGGUUUGAGACAGGGUUUCUCUGUGUAGC